GGGCCGCGGCCGCCCGGGCCCGGCGGCUACGCCGGCCACGGACCGCCCAUGCCCGGCAUGGGCAUGCCGCCGCCGGUGGCGCCGUUCGGCCUGCCCGGAGGUCCGCACGGCGGCCAGGGCAGCGUGAUGAUGUUCAUCCAAGGCAUGCCGCCUGGUGGAACGAGUCACGCGGUCGUGCCGCAACAGUACAUGACGCCGAGCAUGUACCAGCAGCAGUACGCGCCGCUGCCGCAGCCGCAGCCGCAGCAGGGCAUUUACUCGCAGCAGCAGCAGCCACAACAGAUGUGGUCGGCCAUAGGGCUGCAGCAGCAGCAGCAGCAACAGCAACAACAGCAGCAGCAGCAACAACAGCAGCAGCAACAGCAGCAUCAGCAGCAGCCGCUGGAGCCGCGCCACCUGCAGCAGUUUGACCAGCAGCUGUCGUCGUUCGAGCAGCUGCAGCAGUUCGACCAGCGGCAGAUGUUGCCGGCCGUGUGGGGCGGCGCGCUGCGCUACCAGGCGGCCAACGGACGCGUCGCCCACUCGCCCGACGUCAUCAGACGCGCCGUCAUUAGGAACGCCUCGCCGGCCGCCGCCAGUCGCCAGCUGGAGCCUCGGGGCGCGGCCCGAGAGAACGGCAACGAGCUGAAGCCUGUGGCCGUGCCGUCUGCGGCGGAGGUGACUCAAGCGUCGCCGCCUGCCGUGGAGGAGGAGCCUGAGCCUCUUGUGGAGGACCGGGGGCCAGCUGUCGCUGACGUUGACGACGCGCAGCCGGCUGUCGUGGACGAUGGCGUGAAAUCUGCUCAAGUGAUCAAGGAGGCCGGCGACGGCACGCCGCCACCGCCGGAGGCGGGCGCGCGGAACGGCACGGUCGGCGCAGACGCCGCCGGCACGCCCGAGGCGCCGCCCGUCGUCAACGGUGACGCUGAGAGGGAGACGCCGCCCGCCGGCCGGCCACCGACUCACAUGGACGGCAUCAGAGCCGACCUGGUCUCGCUGUCAGGCAAGACGCAGUACGGCCGCGAGGACCUGCUGCGGCUGCAGCACUGCCCGCUAUCGCAGCGGCGGCCGGCGGCGCUGCCCGACCUGCCGUCGAUCGUGCGCAGGGACCGGUCGGCGCCGCCCGACCCGCGCGCCGCCAUGGCCGCCUUCAAGUCGCGCAGCAUGGGCGGCAACACCGAGUUCUUGUCCGGCUUCAAGCCGGCCGUCGGACCGCCCGGCAAGUACCGCGGCCGCGGCUCGGGCCAGGGCCGUCGCGACACGCCGCAGCAGGGGCCGCCGCCGCCGCGCCGCAUCGAGAUCAGCCUGAACCGCGACGUCAAGCUGCGCACCACCGACAACGCGUGGAAGCCGUCCAAGGCGGCGGCCGACACGGUCGACGAGGCCGACGCCGAGAUGGCUAUCAUCCGCGCGCUCAAGGGCAUCCUCAACAAGAUCACGCCCAGCAACAUCGAACGCCAGAUCGAGAACAUCAGAAAGCUGGAGGUGAAGGGCAAGGAGCGACUCGCCAACAUGAUCAACGUGCUGUUCGACAAGGCGGUGGACGAGCCGGCGUACGCCAGCCAGUACGCCACCGUCUGCGUGGCCAUGGCCAAGUUCGAGGUGGACGUCGACGCCAAGGAAGGGAAGCCCGUCACGUUCCGCAAGCUGCUGCUCACCAAGUGCCAGGAGGAGUUUGAGAAGGACAAGUCGCUGGGCGUGAACCGGGAGGCGCGACAGCUGGAGAUCGAGGCUCAGACGGACCCGGCGCUGCGGCGCGAGAAGGCGCACGCGCUGGCCGAGGAGGAGCGCCGCGUGCGCCUGCGCUCCAACGGCAACAUCCGCUUCAUCGGCGAGCUCUACAAGCUGGGCAUGCUGACGGACCGCAUCAUGCAGCAGUGCAUCGUCAAGCUGCUGCACGACAAGCACGAGGACUCGUACGAGUGCCUGACCAAGCUGGUCACCACCAUCGGCCAGAAGCUGGAGAAGGCCGAGCAGACGCGCGGCAAGAACCUGAGCCCGCAGUUCGACGAGUUCCGGCGGCUGUCCACGGACAAGGCGCUCUCUUCGCGUGUGCGCUUCAUGCUGCAGGACCUGAUCGAGCUGCGCGCCAACAGCUGGGUCAGCACGCGCGCCGCCGGCCAGCCGCGGCCCAUGACCAUCGAGGAGGUGCACGAACAGGCGCGUCGACAGGCGGCCGAGCAGCAGGUGGCGCUGGCGCAGGCCGAGGACCGGCGGGCCUCGCGGCUGACCGGGCCGGCCGACGCCACCGCUGACGACAUGAAGCGCCAGGCGCGCGCCAUCGUCGGCGAGUUCCUCGAGAACGGAGAUAUCGAGGCGAGCAUGGAGGAUUGCGAGACGCACCUGCACGAGGCCACGCUGUCCACAUUCGUGGCCCAGUGCCUGGACGUGUUCGUGGACGCCCGCUCCUCGGAGCAGCGCCACGCGGCCGGCCAGCUGCACCGCCUGCUGCUGGAGCGUGGCCUGCUCACGCCCGCCAUCUACCUGGCCGGCGCUGGCGACGUGCUCGACGCCGCUGUCGACCUGGCCACGGACGUGCCGGCCAUCUGGACGAACCUGGCGCAGCUACUGGCGCCGGCGCUGCUGCUGGCCCGCUGGCUGGAGGCCAACUGCAGUUCGGAGGACCGCCGCAACCCGGGCUUCGUCACCGACCUCGUCUCGGCCAUCGCCUUCAACGCCAUUGUGAUAGGUGAGGGCUCGGCGGCGCCCAAGUGGGGAGGGCCGGCGUGGUGA